UGAGAACGGCAGGGAGCUCCACCUCCGACUCGUCAGAGGCACAACGGACAGCAAGCCGCAAGCCGCAAGCCGCAAGCCGCAAGCCGCAAGCCGCAAGCCACUGCGACGCCGGCAUUCCGGAAGGACAUGGAGCGUCAAAACUUCGAUUACCUGCUUUACAUGGGACAUGAUGACAACUGGGAUGAGCCUGAGGCACCGAGGGUCUUGCAGGCUGGAGAGGGAAGAAAUGAGGAAGCCAGUGGAUCGGGCCAGGCUGGGCACGGAGCCGCAGCCGCUGCAGCAGAAGCAGAAGGAGCAGGAGAAGGAGCAGGAGAAGGAGCAGGAGAAGGAGCAGGAGAAGGCCCCUCAGCUGCUGGUGCCGCAGGCCCCGUGGAUGACGGGAACCAAGAUGGCGCUGCUGGUGGCCAUGGCCAGGAGAAUGAGCUGCAGCCUCAGGAGCCAGAUCGCGGGGCCAUGGGAGACAACGAGGCUGUGCCAGCGCCAAGGCCUAAACGCAGCAGGUUUGCCCGCUGGCAACUGACUGAGCUGGAGACUGCUUUCCAGUCUGCUCACUACAUCAAAGCAAAAGCAAGAAAACAACUGGCGGCAUCCAUCGGUGUGAGUGAAACCAAAGUGCAGAAUUGGUUUAAGAGGAAGAGAGAAAAAUACAGGAAAUAUCAAAAGACAUAAAUAAAGACCCAGCAAUACUCCUCCUGCUGAGCAGAAAAUUUCAACUUUCCAUGAAGAUUGUGGAGGAGCCCUCGAGUUUCAUCCUUGCCCAGGAGACAAAUGCAGAUGCUUUUUUUUUUCCUAUCACCUACAACCAAUUUUUAUACUCAUAUUCCUUCCCCUCAGAAUUUGUAUUUUCAAUA